AUGGCCACGCGCCACCGCUUCUUACAUCUCCUUCUCAUCUGUCUACUUUCCUUUUCCUCCGCCGAUGACUCCUCCGCUAUGUCGAAGCUCCUCUCCUCCCUCUCCCCCACGCCCUCCGGCUGGUCAGCCACCACCCGCUUCUGCACCUGGACUGGUGUCAACUGUGAUAGCACCAACUCCUUUGUCACCUCCAUAGAUAUCAACUCCCAGUCUCUCUCCGGCACCCUCCCAGCUGAACUCAACCAGCUCUCCCAGCUCAAAACUCUUGCUGUACAAAAGAACUCUUUAACGGGUACUUUGCCUUCGUUUGCCAAUAUGUCUUCUCUUGAGAAAAUCUAUCUUGACAUCAAUGAUUUCACUGCCAUCCCGCAAAGUUUCCUUCUGGGCUGUACAAAUCUUCAGACUUUUAGCAUAAGUGAGAAUAUCAACCUCAUUCCAUGGCAAAUCCCGUUGUAUUUAAAUGAAAGUACAAAUCUUGGUGCUUUUUCUGCUAGUAAUGCGAGUAUUACUGGGGUGAUCCCGGAUAUAUUUGAUUCGUUUCCUAAUCUGCAGAAUUUGAGAUUGUCUUACAAUAAUUUGACUGGAUCUUUACCCGGAUCUUUGGGUAAUUCUGAGAUACAGAAUUUGUGGUUGAACAAUCAGAAGCAGGGGUUGUCUGGGAGAAUUAAUGUUUUAUCCUCCAUGACUCAAGCUUCCCAGGUUUGGUUACAUGCUAAUGCAUUUUCCGGGCCGAUUCCAGAUUUGUCGAAUUGUACGAAUCUGUUUGAUUUGCAGCUGAGGGAUAAUCAGUUUACAGGGAUGGUGCCACCUUCUUUGAUGAGCCUCCCUAAGCUUGUUAACGUUAGUUUACAGAAUAAUAAGCUGCAAGGACCUUAUCCUCAGUUUUCGAGCACGGUUCGUGUUACAAUUGGGAGUACUAAUAGCUUUUGUAAGGAUACUCCAGGCCCCUGUGAUCCACAGGUCACUGCACUUCUUGAUGUUGCUGGUGGUUUUGGGUAUCCAAUGUCUUUGGCCGAUUCUUGGGAAGGCAAUGAUGCUUGCAAUGGUUGGAGGUUCAUUACUUGCGAUUCGCAGGGGAAAAAUGUGACCACUGUGAACAUGGGAAAGCAGGGGUUUUCAGGUACUAUUUCACCCACUUUUGUGAAUCUUACUUCUCUGAGGAGUUUGAUUUUGAAUGAUAAUAAUCUCACGGGUUCAAUCCCGAGUGCUUUGACUACUUUGCCUCAGCUUCAGAAUCUUGAUUUGUCUAAUAAUAAUUUGUCUGGGCCUAUUCCAUUGUUUCCUGCUAGUGUGAAGUUUAAUUAUGCUGGUAAUUUGUUACUUGGGAAAAAUGUGAGUAGUGGUGGUGGAGGAAGUGGUGGGGCGCCUGGGUCUGGACCAGGUUCCGGCUCGCAAAGUGGGAGCCCAACGGGGUCUUCAAAAGGGUCCUCUGUUUCAGCUGGUAUGGUUGCUGGUGUGGUUAUAGCUGUUGUCGUAUUCAUUGGAGUUUUAAUUUUUGUGUUUUAUAAAUGCCAUGUCAUGUGGCGACAACGAAAGGGAGUUGAAAGGGUUGAUGAGGGCCCUAAGCAAAGGAUGGAAAUGGCAAAGACUAACCUAACAAAUGGAGUGAAUGGAUACGCUGGAGCCAGAAGUGAGUUACAGAGCCAGAGCAGCGGUGAUCAUCGUGAAAUUCCUAUAUUUGAAGGUGGAAAUGUCGCUAUUUCUAUGGAACUUCUUCGACAAGUGACCAACAAUUUCAGUGAAGAGAAUAUAUUGGAUGACAUGAGGGCAAAGGUUGCGGAUUUUGGAUUGGUAAGAAAUGCACCUGAUGGAAAGUACUCCGUUGAGACACGGUUGGCUGGAACAUUCGGGUAUCUUGCACCUGAGUAUGCUGCCACAGGACGAGUGACAACGAAAGUCGAUGUCUAUGCAUUCGGAGUUGUUUUAAUGGAGAUAAUCACAGGUAGAAAAGCACUUGAUGAGACAAUGCCAGAUGAGAGGUCUCAUCUUGUCACAUGGUUCCGUAGAGUACUUAUCAACAAAGACAACCUUCGAAAAGCCAUUGACUCGAUUCUUGAUCCUGAUGACGAAACCUAUGAGAGCAUAUGCAGAGUUGCUGAGUUGGCAGGUCAUUGCACUGCCCGCGAGCCACUCCAGAGACCUGACAUGGGACACGCAGUUAAUGUCCUGGGACCUCUAGUCGAGCAAUGGAAACCAUCUAAACAUGAAGAAGAGGAAGGUUAUGGCAUUGAUCAACACUUGAGUCUUCCUCAAGCCCUUCAGAGAUGGCAAGCUGAUGAAGGCACGUCGAGAAUGUUUGACGAUUUCUCUUACAGCCAAACGCAGUCGAGCAUACCCUCGAAACCUUCAGGGUUUGCGGAUUCUUUUAGUUCAAUGGACUGCAGAUGA